CCUCUCCUGCCCCCGGACCCUCCCUGCUCCCUCUCCUGGGCCCCCUCCCGCUCCUACUCCUGCACACACCCCAUCACACCAACACGUUGCACACGCACACACCCCGUCGCACAACGCGUUGCACGUGUGCACACACCUCAUCGCGCACAUACCUUGUCUCACACACACCCCGUUGCACGUACACACACAACACGUCGCGCACACACAACACGUCGCACAACACACGUUGCACGCCCACCCCUGUCGUGCACACAGAGCACGUUGCACAACACCCCUGGGGUUGGUCAGACCUGCCACACACGGCACCCCACCACGAUCAUGCACACACCACACCCUCUCACACACAACACAUCACAACCACACACACACGCAGGCCACCGUCACUGUUGCACACCAUAUUCACACCCAACGCCCACUUCUCACGUACAAUACCACUCACAGCCAUACCCCCCUCCUGAUACACCCAGCCCAACACAUCUCACAUAUCACAUGACAUUCACGCCCGCCCCCUCACACCUCACGUGCGACCACACCACAGUCACAUACCACACUCACCCCCCCCACCGCAAUGUCACACCCACAGCAGCAGGAAGCUGGUCUCGGAAGCAUUUUGCAAACAAUCAGAUUACUUAAUAAUGGGAAUUUCCCAGCCCUGGGGCUGUUUCCCGUCAGCCUCCCCCCUCCUCCCCGUGGGCACAAGACGGGGGCUUCCCGCUCCCCUGGCCCGGCAUGCGGGCAAAUCAGCCAAAAAUGAUUUGUGCUACGUUGGGGGAGGGGUGAAAAGGACAGCAAAACGCAGGUUGGGUGUGUCAGGCUGAGUGGGGAGGCGUGCGUGGGUGUGAGCAGAGGUGUGCAGGGCGUCGGUGCAAGUGUGUAAGGUGUACAGGGCGUAGGUGUGAGUGAAGGCAUAUUGCGUGUGCAUGAAGUGUGUGCAGGAAGAAAGGGUAUGAAUGUGUUGAACUGCGGGGGGGGUGCACGCGUGUGUUUGGGUUAGUGUGUGUGUUCUUAUGGUGCAAGGAUGUCUGUUCACACGGUUGUGAGUGUGUGUGCAGAGCGUCAGUGUGCAUUUGUGUCUCGUGUGUGUGUAUGUGAGGGAGCGGGAGGCUGAGUGUGUGCCUGUGUGUGUGUUCGGUCGGGGGGGCGGCAGACAGCAGCUGGUCUGUAUGUAGGUGUAACGCCCAUCGGCUGAGGGCCCCCCUCCCCGGGGGGGCUUUCACCCCAAAGGGAAAGGAGCUGCUGGCUCCAGGAACAGCAGGGUCGCUAGAUGCCCAGGGACAGACCUGGUGCCCCUCGGCCAUGGAGCCAGCAGCCUCGCACCAAACACAGGGAGCCACAAGCGAUGACUUGCUGGGACCCCUGGCAGCCCCCCAGGGCUGGUCUUAUUGGGGAUCAGCCCCCGCCCUGCCAAGGCAAAUCGUCUGCCCAGGGUUAAGGUGUUCUCCCGUCCCUGCUGGGGAACCUCCUCCCUGGCUAAGGGGCGGGAUUAGGGUAUUUUCACUUCCCCCCACCCCGCCUGGGCCUCCACCCUGGACAAGCGGGUCGAGCAGCCCAGUUUAUCUGAGCCUGGACUCUCCCCAGAGAAGCCGCAAGAUCCUGGUUCCCAUGGACGGGCCUCGCUGGACCCUGGCCGCGAACGCCUCGGCGCUGCCCCCCAACGAGACGGGUUGCGGGGAACAGGCCGACUUCCAGUACGUGCUGUUCCCCGUGGUUUACAGCCUGGUCUUCGUGCUGGGCCUGGCCGGGAACCUCUCCGUGCUCUGGUAUUUCCUGCGCACCCGGACGGCCACCGCCCCGGCCAACAUCUUCCUGGCGAACCUGGCGUCCCUCGACCUGAUCUUCGUGCUGACCCUGCCCUUCCGCGUGGCCUACCACGCCCUGCGCAAUGACUGGGUGUUCGGGGAGGCCCUGUGCAAGAUCACCGGCUCCCUCUUCUACGCCAACCUGUACGGCAGUUCCCUCUUCCUCACCGGCAUCUGCCUGGAGCGCUACGUGGCCGUGGUGCACCCGCUCCGCUCGCUCCGCCUGCGCCGGCCCCUCUACCGUGUGGCCAGCUGCCUGGCCAUCUGGGCCCUGCUGGCCGUGGCCGUGCUGUACCUGACACUGCGGGGGCCCCUGACCCGCCCCUUCCCCGACGGGCGCCUGGCCUGCCUGGAGAACUUCUCCAGCGACUCCUGGAAGGGCCGCAUCUCCAGGGUCAGCCUCUUCGCCGCCGCCGUGGGCUUCCUGGUGCCGCUGGCACUCAUCGGCGUCUGCUACCCGCUCAUCGCCCGCCGGCUGCUGGAGACGCCGGGCAUGGCGCCCGGCUCGCGGGCUGCCCGGCGCAAGGCGCUGCGCACAGUGAUGGUUGUGCUGGCGGUGUUCCUGCUCUGCUUCGCCCCCUACCACCUCACCCAGGCGGUGCACACGCUGUGGCGGCUGGGGGCGCUGGAGGGCUGCCAGCUCCUCCGCGGCACCUACGCCGCCCGGCGCGUCACCAUGGCCCUGACCAGCCUCAACGCCUGCCUGGACCCGCUGGUCUAUUACUGCGCGGCCGAGCGCUUCGCCUGGAGCCCGCCCUGCAGCGGCCGGUGCUGCUGGGGGCGGCCGGCUGCCUCCGGGGACGCCCAGGGCUCGGGGCUGCAGGCACUGGACAGCAGAGCCUCCCGGGGGGCCCACGCCGAGACAGUGACCUCGUCCCACGGCACCCGUGGAGGGGCCUGAAGGGUCCCCCCGUGCUCGGCUCAUGGGGAUACACCAAUGGACUCCCCCCCGCUUGCUGCGCCGUGGGCCCCGGGGCCCUGCGUCCCAGCUCUCGGUGUUACCCUCCCCCGGAGCAGCGAUGUUGGGUUCUCUGCUGCUGGAGAAGGGAGGGAUGGUGAACAGUGUUACAGGGGUGUGUACGUCCGUGUAGUAUUACGUGUACGCACAGCCGUGUGUGUGUGUGAGCGAGCGCACAGAUGUGCCAAAGACCAAGGGGUCGCCGUCUCUCCCUUGUUCACGCCUGCCGGGACCAUCAGAUCUCACCAGAUUGGACGGACGCUGUGUGUGCGUGCGUGGGAGGGAGCCUGUGGGUGUGGUGGGUGUGACUGUGUGCACCAGGGUGUGAGUCUGUGUGCUUGUUACAGGAGCGUGUGUGUGUUUUACCCCUGUGAACGGCUGAGCUUGCAUCUCCUUGGCUGUGACACUGUGUGGGACUGUCCUGUGAGGAAAGGUGUGACUCGGGAGGGUUGUACCUGCCCCGUUAGGUGUGUGUCUGUGUGUGUGAAACAGAGAGAGAAACCCUGGGCAGGGGGCACUGGGGGACACUGGCAUUUGUGUGUCUUGGGGUGGAGGGAGGCAGCUGUGUGCGUCUGGGACAGUUGCAGCUAGUUGUGUGUGUGCACGACACUGCAGGGUGCUGGGUUUUGUGUGGGGUGCUGAGAUGUGUGAUGCUGCGUUGUGCAAUGCUCUGUGUGUGUAUGUGACCUGGUGCUGGGGUAUGUGUGUGUGAUCCUGGGAUGUGCGAUUUGCGUCUGAACAACUGGCGGGGAACCUGUGAGUCGUGGAACCUCCCCUGUUUUGUAUUUGUGUCCUGCUCCCCCCGUCCCGGCUCUUUUGUACAUUUUGCACUUUCCUGCCAAGUAAAAGCAAUGUUUCCAUCGUGCUA